UUUAUGUUAUGUAAUUGUAUAUACUUAGCUACACAAAUAUUGUGUACGCUUAUUUAUACCAUAUAUAAAUAUAUUUAGAUUUUUUUUCCCCAACACGUUGGUGUGAUGGAUGACCAUCAGAAUAUGAAUUUAUCCUGGCCAGGUCAUGUUCUUCCCUUGGACCACUCUUUGCUGAGGUAUUUAAACAGCACAGAGGAAUACUUAGCAUAUUUAUGUGGGCCGAAACGUAGUAGUUUAUCUAUGCCUAUGACUCUAGUCUAUGCAUUUAUUUUUUUAGUGGGGGUCAGUGGAAACAUACUGGUGUGUCUGGUGAUAUUAAAGCACCAUAACAUGAGGACCCCAACAAACUAUUACCUGUUCAGUCUGGCUGUGUCUGACCUUCUGGUCCUGCUUCUUGGGAUGCCUCUUGAAGUGUAUGAGAUGUGGAGCAACUACCCUUUUCUGUUUGGUGCUUGGGGUUGUUAUUUCAAGACAGUUUUGUUUGAGACUGUAUGCUUUGCCUCCAUCCUCAGUGUGACCACUGUCAGUGUGGAAAGGUACGUGGCCAUCAUCCAUCCCUUUCAAGCCAAGCUCAAGAGCACCCGAAAAAGGGCACUAAGAAUACUCAUCACACUUUGGAUCUUCUCCAUUCUUUUUUCCAUUCCCAAUACCAGCACACAUGGUAUCCUCCUGCAGUACUUCCCCAAUGGAAGCCUUGUUCCUAACUCUGCCACUUGCACUGUUGUCCAACCUCUGUGGAUUUACAAUUGUAUUAUCCAGAUCACAUCCCUGCUCUUCUACAUUCUUCCAAUGGGAGUUAUCAGUGUCCUCUACUGCCUGAUGGGCAUCAAACUCAGAGGCGAUCAGUCACUGGAAGGCGACAAAAUGUCUGUAAACAUACAGAGGCCAUCUCGAAAAUCAGUCACAAAGAUGCUUUUUGUCUUAGUGAUGGUCUUUGCCCUCUGCUGGGCUCCCUUUCAUGUGGACCGACUUUUCUUUAGUUUUGUGGUUGAUUGGACUGAACCCCUUGCCAAUGUCUUUAACCUCAUUCAUGUAAUUUCUGGUGUCUUCUUCUAUCUCAGCUCCGCUGUCAAUCCUUUGAUCUACAACCUCCUAUCUAGACGCUUUCGCUCUGCAUUCAGAAACUUCCUUCCACCACUUUUCAAACACUGGACUCCGAAAAUUCCGGUCCAGGUUCUAGUGCCUCAGAAAAGCACCUUGAUCUUGGCAGAACGAAAGCGCAAAGACUCAGCUGAAGAAGGCAGUCCUUCCUUUCCCCACCGCACCUCUGUCUGCAGCUCCCACCUCUCCACUGUGUUGUGAUAUUUCAUGGUGGGAACAAAAGGAGACUUUGGACAUGUGGGCAGUCAACUGUUGAAGGGAUUACUUUAGUUAACUGCAAAUACUGAAUUUUCUGCCCAGUUAAUCGCCAGUGCAGUUAUCAGAGAGGUGGCUUAAUCAAAGAAAAGUUUAUUCAUUUCAUUGCUAAACUCAAUUAAGACACGUUGCUCUGUGUAUGCAAAUCUUGUUAAGCAACUUGUGUUGUUUUGUUCUUUUAGCUCUGUGACAGUAUAGUAGUACAGAUGGAGUAAUAUAUGUGCUUUAUGAUGGUAUACUUUUAUAUGACUGACACUACAGUUAAUAUUCACAAGACUUGAGUAAUGAUGCAACUAGAAGCCUAAAUCAGAAAGAAUCUCUUUGGACGAUUAUCUGCAGCUAGCAAGAUCGGAUAUCCACCAUAUAAGGCGCUUCAGCCAAUGCAUAAAGUUUCCUGUAUGUACCAAUCCUUUGACAAUGAUGAUCUGUGCUGGGAAAUCCAUGAAGGCCUCCUCCAUAUGUGCUUUGGUCAAUCCACCUUAGACAGUAUUGUUUGCAUCCAACCUCUGCAGAAAAACAGCCUAAAGUAGCAUCAGUUGAAGUCAUCACAAGCCAUGAGUCAAGAUAUUGGAUUGCUUUCUGCUAGGUGGAGGUAAAUGAGGUUCAGGAGAAAAGAACCCAAUUUGGAUGGCAUUCUCUUAAAAGAGUUACAAAGUCAGGUGAUAACAUAAAUUUUUACCAUCUGAGAAGUCAUGCUGCAUACAAUACAAAACACUGGACAUGUCUAUGAAAAUUACAGUAUAUAGUAAUGAUGCCUUAGGGUUAAUGCAGAGUAUCCAUUGCAUUCCAAUUAGUGAAUGCUGAGACUGUAUCCCAACAACAAGAGGAGAGCUACAGCUUGCAAACCAUGCUGGGCCAUAACCAGCAAUUAAAGUCAUAUCAGAAGUCUACAGUGAGGCCUCAGAGUAUAUUUCAAAAAAGUAAAAAUGUAGAAAAUAUGGUGAAAAUAACUUUAUUGCCCCCAGUUAUCACGAAAUGAUCACCCGCAUAAGUGUGUAUUGUGGCUUGUUAUAUGUAUGUGCUGUUCAACUUUUGUGCUGCAUAUGAUAUUGUGUAUUUAUUGAUGUAUGCUUUGUACUGAAGUCUGAUAUGAUAAGGCAGCCAUACAGUAGGACUUACAUACAGGUUAAUUCUAAGUCUUUGCUAGAACAUUAUCGAAGUAAUCCUCGCCCUUACCUUAACUGUGGGGGUCACCACUCUUGUACCCCAAUCCUCUGCACUAUAGAGGAUCAUGAAUAAAAUCUCUACCCCACAAAGGAGAUCCUGAUCUGGUAUGGAACACAAGCAGAACCCUAUGUCAUCCUCAACUUCUGUUCAAACCACUGUGCCAGUUCACCCAAUCUCCAACUUCUGGUCAAGCCACUGGGCCAGAUCAACCAAUCCCCACUUUCUGCUUAAGCCACUGUACCACUUCAACCAAUCCCCAACUUCUGCUCAAGCCACUGUGCCAGUUCAACCAAUCCCCGCUUUCUGCUUAGGCCACUGUGCAUCUCAACCAAUACCCACCUUCUGCUCAAGCCAUUGCACUAGUUCAACCAAUCCCCUUCUGCUUAAAUUACUUUGCCAGUUCAACUAAUCCCCACCUUCUGCUCAAGCCACUGUGCCAGUUCAGCUGGUCAACACAGGGGUACUACUGCAAAAAAUAUUGGUGUUGGGACUUGCAGUAUGCCAUUUAGUGGUCCCAACCAAUGUCUUGGAGAGUUGACAGGACUGUCAUAGUUUGUGUUAAUCAAAUUUCCUGGUACCGCUUUACAUGCAGUGGUUGGGGUUUUAGUUCAUGUAAGGAAGAGUUAAGGAAUAAGGAUUGUAUUUCAAAAAUUCCCCACACAAAAGAUGCAUUUAUUGUCUAAUUCCUGCACAAAUCGUUACACCAACAAUAUUUACCCAAGUAAAUAUAAACAUAUACUGUAAACUGCAAUUUACUACUGUGGGCUCUAUUUGUCAAAGGGCAGUAAGCUUUAUUGCCAGCAAAAACGUGAAAUGUAACAGGCAUUAUGAGUUUUUAAUAAUCCACAUUUAAGUUUAAGGGGUUGCAAUAACCAAAAAUACAACAUAAAAAUAUUGAAAAUAUAUUCCUUCUUCCAGGCUAAACAGAGACCCACAGCAGAAAAAAAAACAGUGUCUCAUAUUAAAUUUUUUGUCUGUUUUCAAGUUUUUGUUUUCUAGUACAGUAUAACGGGUCACCUAAGUUCCUGCCUGCCAAUACGCCCUCUGCUCUGUCCAGCCCAGCAUCCUCACCUAGCACCAUUCCUGCCUCCUAAUACCUAAUACCCCACCCUGACCCCACCCACCUCCCAUCACUUCAUCCCGCCCCUCCACUAACACGAUACUUAUACUUGUGGCGGGUCCUCAUUUCCUAAUUCAGGGGGUUAUUUAGAUGUGGUUGGAGUUACUGUUCAUUCAGCAAAGUACUAAUUAUUAGUACUUUGUGCAUAUGCAGGACCCCUUCUGCGCAUGUGGAAACGGGUCCUGCACAAUGGACACACUACGGCAUCAGACUGUCAGUGAUUGAGAUUCUGAUAUUAUUUGGGGGCAAGGAGGGGGCUGCGACGACCUCCAUUUCUCCAAAUGGAGGCAUGACGCCGCAGUUUAGGGGAAAGGAAGAGGCCAUGGAUCUCCACGGUUGCUGGGAGAUUUCCUGGCCUCUGCAAGGAGCGGCUUGGACAUCACCAUGGGUGUCGCAAGCCGCCCUAUGUUUAGUGAGUGAUCUGAUGCUGCAUCCUAGGAUGUAGGUCAGAUCAGAGCCGUAACUACGUGUGUGCCAGGUGUGCCUGGCACACAGCGCAGUUGCCUUGAGGGCGCAACGGCCAGCGGCUUGUAAUGCAUCAAAUUGACGCAUUACAAGCCGCCUGCGCUGCGUGCGCUGUGCUGGAGGAGAAGAGGAGAGCAGCAGC